GUUGUGUGUGUGAGUUUAGGAUUGCAAGAAUUUAAUUUAAUCCUUGUUCUCUUCUUGGUCUGUGAUUUAAUCUAUAAAAUAAUUGUAAAAGAAGCAUUAAGGCUGAUUUCGAAUUCAAAUGGAAGACACUACUGAAAAAAGACCUCAAUUUGGAAACCGACUGUUAGAAAAUGUUGACGAAGUCUUCAAACAUAACGCGUGGUAUCGUAUACGUUUUUAUUAGAUAUUGUUCAAACAAACAGCGCAGUCAACACGCCCAGGACUUAGAAAAAACUAGGAACAGAAAGAAACCACCUGGAGGUUCACGACAUUUAAAUGAUAAAAGUCUUACUUACUUAUUCAAUGCAUGGGAUAAUGUGCAAUGGGAUGAGGAACAGGAAAAAGCGGCCAAACAAAAAGUUGAAUUAAAUUCUCAAAUAACAUUCACUGAAGACUCAUUGAAAGAUUUGGAUUUAAAUGCAGAUAAACACUGGGAUACAUUUUAUGACAUCCACCAAAACAGAUUUUUCAAAGAUCGGCACUGGUUGUUUACUGAAUUUCCUGAGUUAGCUCCUGACAAUACAUCUGCUCCACUCAGAGUUUAUCCAAGUGACAAUGAAAGUGUUAUGACAGAAAAACCAGAACUCACAAAUCCUUGUCUCACCCAUAUGGAACAGGAUAUUAAUGUCAAACGAUACAUAUUUGAAAUUGGCUGUGGUGUUGGAAAUACCAUCUUUCCUAUUCUACAAUAUAGUAGAGAUCCCAACCUCUUUAUUUAUGGAUGUGACUUUUCAUCAAAAGCCAUUGAGAUAAUGAAAGAAAAUGAAUUGUAUGACACAAAUCGAUGCAGUGUGUUUGUCUUAGAUGCAACCAAAGAAGAAUGGGAUGUACCAUUUGACAAAAACUCUCUAGAUAUCAUUGUUCUAAUAUUUGUUCUAUCAGCCAUUGAUCCCACAAAAAUGAAAACUGUUAUAACUAACAUAUACAAAUAUUUGAAACCUAGUGGGUUGGUUGUAUUCCGAGAUUAUGGUCGUUAUGAUUUGGCUCAACUAAGAUUUAAAAAAGGCCGUUGUAUAUCUGACAAUUUUUAUGCUCGUGGUGAUAGAACAAAAGUAUAUUUCUUCACUCAAGAGGAAGUUUCACACCUAUUCAAAGAAACUGGAUUUCUAGAAGAACAGAAUCUUGUAGAUAGAAGAUUGCAAGUUAACAGGGGUAAAAUGUUGACAAUGUACAGAGUUUGGAUCCAAGGAAAAUAUAGAAAACCAUCAUAAC